UAUCCACUAGGUUAUAAAAUCAAAACAAAAGUUUUUGAAUUUUUUUAUGUUUAUAAAAAUUUUGUAUACACUUUUCUUCAUGCAAGAAUUUGAAAUUGAAAUUUGUAAUAAUUCAAUAAAUAAUGACUGAUGUAGGUAAAUUUCAAAAAAUAGAAAAAAUAGGAGAAGGUACCUAUGGUAUCGUGUAUAAGGCAAAAGAUAAAAAGACGGGAAAAGAUGUUGCUCUGAAGAAAAUACGUUUGAAAGGGGAAUCUGAAGGCGUUCCCUCAACAGCAAUAAGAGAAAUAUCCCUUUUAAAGGAUCUCAAGCAUAAUUGUAUUGUACAGCUUUUAGAUAUCGUUAUAGCCGAUUCAAAUUUGUAUAUGGUAUUUGAAUAUUUGAAUAUGGAUUUAAAAAAACUUAUGGACAAAAAAAAAGAAAUUCUUGUACCGGAAUUGGUUAAGAGUUAUAUGUAUCAGUUAUUAGAUGCUUUAUGCUUUUGUCAUACAAACAGAAUAUUGCAUAGGGAUUUAAAACCACAAAAUUUAUUAGUAGAUAACGCAGGUCAUAUUAAGUUAGCUGAUUUUGGAUUAGCACGGUGUUUUAACGUGCCGAUGCGUGCUUAUACCCAUGAAGUUGUAACGUUAUGGUAUCGAUCACCCGAAAUCCUCUUAGGUACGAAAUUCUAUGCAACAGGCGUCGAUAUCUGGAGUUUGGGAUGUAUUUUUUCGGAAAUGGUGACAAAGCGGCCUUUAUUUCCGGGUGAUAGUGAAAUCGAUCAAUUGUAUAGAAUUUUUCGAACUUUGGGAACUCCAGAUGAAAGUACAUGGCCAGGAGUAACCCAAUUAGCGGAUUAUACUUCAAGAUUUCCAAAGUGGUGUUCAAUAAAUUUACCUAAUGACUUUGACAGUCAAGAAGGAUUGGACUUACUUAAACAAAUGAUUGUUUACGAUCCCAACGCCAGGAUAACCGCAAAAAAUGCUAUGUUACAUCGAUAUUUUGAGAAAAUGCAACAAAUAACACAAGUUACUCUGCCGAUAGAUAAUUUAUAAAUUUAAAAAACAUUUUUAUAAGCAAAAUUGUUAAUAGCUUAAUAUUUAAUUGUAAUUAAAUUAUUAUUUUGAAUAAUUUUUGGACAUAAUAACGAAAUAAAUUUAUUAAAGAAAGAUUAGUACA